GUUAUUCUUUCCCCUGGCAUAGCGAGCAGUGGACGUCCUCGGUGCGAGCGCUUUUUCCCGUGCGAAACAGAAUUAGAAAAGCGUGUGGUGUGGUGGUAGUAGGGGGUGAAUAGUGGAAAACUACGACGUAAUUUCCGUCACCCAAAACUCUCGUCUAUGCUUCCCCGCGAAAAGGUAAACAAAAGUGAUGUCACAAAGCGCUCGCAAAGUGCAGAACUUCUCGCGAACCAAUCAAUAGCCCUUUUUUCCCGUCGCUCUUUUGUUGCUGCGCUUUUUAUGCAACUAACCUCCCCCGAGUGAAUGGUUUAAAAAAUUGUUUAAAAAAUUGUAAUUCAACAAAAACUUUGUGUUCGUUUUUGUGAGUGCAGGCCAGUGUCCCAGGCAUGGGAAAGUGAAAGGAAAUCGCGCUCCUCCGACGGGCCAUCAUCACGCGUUAUUAUUAGAACGGCGGAAAUAGUGGAAGUACAAACAGAUGAUACACGCAUCUGGUUGUGGAUCUGUGUGAAUUUAGCAAAGCAUAGGGAAAGCCCGUGCUCGGGCAUCGUGUUUCGUGAAAAAUAGCCGUGAAACAUUAUUUUCUCAACCCCAGUGCAUUGGUGUUUGUGUGCGUUUGACCCGUAGAUUGACCAUUGGAACGCGAUCGCAUGAUCUGUGGUUGCUAUCGUCGUUCCGGCGGACGCCCCACAUCCCUGGCGAAAGGAGUGAAUCGCUGCAAUUAACACAUGCCCAGAGUGACGAGAAGAACGGCGUUCUCAGCUUGAAAUGAAGUGUGCACACUGGUGGAACGUCGGAUGAAACGCUAGACAGUGAUAUAGAAGUGAUCAUUCCAAAACAGGGAUAGAGCUCUUAGUUUUACUAGCACAAGCACAGUUUGCUUUCCCAUUAACGAUCAUCCCUCCCCCCCCUCACCUUCAACCCCAUUAAAACAACGCCCAUUCCCGCGUGAGACCCUACAACGAUGGGCAACGUGCUGAACAAGCUGGGCAGCGUGUCGCAAUCGGUGCGCGGCCGGAAACGCAAGCGCGAAGACGAAAGCGCAGACGAGAGUGGUGAUGGAAGUGAUCUGCUGGAUAAAUCACUGCAAACACCGAAACGGAAAAAGCUAGUUUCCACGGCAAAGUACAUCUAUCAGGCCCUGUUCAAGGAGGAACGCAACUCAGACAUUACGGUGCACGCGCUCGGGAAGCAGUGGCACCUGCACAAGGUGUACCUGAGCCAGAGCCCGUACUUUGCCAGCAUGUUCAAUGGGUCGUGGCGCGAGGCGGACGAGGACUACGUGCAUAUCGAGAUUAUUGAUCCGAAAAUAACGAUCGAAUCGCUGUACUCGGUGUUUGGGUCGCUGUACAUGGAUGAGGUCGUGCUGGAACCGAAGGUGAUUGUGUCUACGCUGGCAACGGCCACCCUGUUUCAGCUGGACAGUCUGAUCGAUCGGUGUGCGGAGGUGAUGGUGGAAACGACAAAUGCGGAGACCGCAGUCCUCUACUACGAAGCUGCCUGCGAGUACGGCGUGAAGAUGGUCAAACAGUCCACGUUCGGCUGGUUGCUGGUGAAUCUGCUCAGCUUCUAUCACCGUGCCCCGAAAUGGCUCCGGCUAAUCAGCUUCGAACUGAUGGAACAACUCGUCUCCAGUGCCGACCUGUACGUGGUCCAAACCGAGUUCACCGUCUACACGCUGCUCCGCUACUGGAUGGCGCUAAAACUCUUCCCCGACGAAUCAACAACGGACGGCGUGGAACACCCGAAAGAACGAUACUUUGCCGAACGCACCAGCUCCGUACCGUUCCUGGCCACCCCCGAGGGCGUCCCGUACGAACGUGUCUUCCGCGCGCUGCGACUGCACAACCUCCUGAACCAUCACGUCGACAUUCGCGUCCUGCGGCAGGACAACAUCAUUCCGAUCGAAUGGCUCCACAAGCCGCUAAUGCAGCAGUGGACGAACGUGCUAACGAUUGACCAGUCGCUGGACAAACCGAUCGCCUGCGAGGAUCGCGUCUUCCUCGAAUCGUGCAUCCGGUGCGGCCGCAUACUGAACGAGAACGUGCUGCACAAGUGGCGCUGGACCGGGUUCCACUUUGGGCUGGAUCUGCUGCUCUCGUCCGACACGCGCUCGCUGCGCAUCCGCCGCCACCAUCGGACGGAGAACGAGCGGCUGCUAAGCUUGCGGGUGGCGCGCCAGUUUCUGGUGCGCGUUUCGCUUGCCUCGCUGAACGAGCUGCGCCAGAUCAAGCACCAGCAAACGUCCCCGAUCCUGUCGAUAUCGCUCGAGAAGAACGAGGAAACGCAGCUGGUGGUGUUCGAUCGGGAGCUCACCUUUCCGCUGCUGGUGUCCGUCAACAUGAUGCUGGUGGCACCGCCGGAAGAGGCGAUAGCUGCUGCCGCAGCCAGUGGGAAGGGUGCGGAAUCGAAGGAAAGGGAACAAGCAAUGGCAGCAGCAGCAGCAACGACACCACAAGCGAGUGAACGUUCGCCGAAUCAAUCGGUAGAGGGGACCGGUGGCAAUGGGCCGGUGGAAUCACUUGACGGUGGUUCGUCUGCCUCGUCCUCGAAUCGGAUGCUCGCCAACGAGUCCUGAUUGCAGGUGCUGGUGCGGUGAUCCAACCACCCAACAACGCCCAACGGUUGUGUUCGGUAAAUCGCACAAGAAACCAUCUUGGUGGCAAUAUGGCGUAAGUGUACUUAGCGUAACAGGUUCGAUCGACUAAGAGGGAGAGAAAGAGAGCGAUGGGGGGAAAGUGUGCCAUUCGGUCGCCAUUUUUUUGGAGACCGAAGAAUCAAGAGAGAAGAGGUUUAUUUUUUGAACUCAGAUUAUUUUUCUUUACUAGAUUUUAGUAGUAUAUGUGUACAGGCAGAGGAGGGUAGAAAGGCGAAACGUUUUGUACUGGCAAAUUGGAAUACGAUAGGAAUUAGCUUUACAAGAAUCGAGUCUGUUGCGCGUUUGAAAGCGAGAGAGGAAUUUGGAAAGGAAAUUAAAGUAGAAUUGGAAUUAUUGUGUCUUGCUAAGGUUGUUCUGCCCCGGCGGGGGAGGGCGCGCUGCUACCACUUUUGUUGUAGGGCGCUAUUUAAAUACGUCGCAGGAUAAGAAAUAACCGAUCAUGCCCCACAAUCGGUCCGCGGGAGGUAAGGUGCACCGUUAUCGUGCCACUUUUGCAGCCAUUUAUUAGGGAAGAGACGCUGUAUUUUUCUGUAGUUGCUAUAUUUUACAAGCGAAAAUAAUUCAAUAACCAACUUCACAUUAUAAUAUUUAACUAAGGUUGUUAACAAAGCGCAAAAUACCAGAGUGUAAGGCAGGACAAGAGUAUAGUGUUAUUAAAAACUGGACGUCCGUUCUUUACCCUCUCAACCGUCGCGUUCGCUCCAAUCUUCUUCGUGCGUGUUUAGGUGCGCUUAAUCAUUAGAUGAUAGUGAUAAGAAGGGGGGAGGGGGUGCAAUAAUUCUCCCCUCUUUUUCUAAUACUAUACGACAGGGCAGUAUACAGCAGCAGCAUUCCGGAAAGAUGUUGGCUCGUAACAAAAAACAAGCGGAAUAAAAACGUAUAAAUUAAGUGCAAUGGCAAAACUGAAA